UUGCAGCGUGCUGCCAGAAAAAAAGCUGUCAGAAAAAAAACAAAAAAAUGGCGAAUCACUAUGAGAUUCCAAAUUGGGCUGGUAAACCGACGACUGGACUUCACCUUGAUGUGACCAAAGAUGGUAAACUUAUCCAGAAAUUGAUGAUAGAUCAGAAGAAAUGCUACCUCUUUGGCCGGAAUCCUCAAAUGUGUGAUUUUUGUAUUGACCAUGCAUCCUGCUCCAGGGUUCACUCUGCACUUGUGUGGCACAAGCAUCUGAACCGUGCAUUUCUUGUUGAUCUGGGAAGCACCCAUGGAACCUAUAUUGGUACUAUGAGGAUUGAAAGUGAAAAGCCUACCCAACUGCCAGUCGACAGCACUUUUCAUUUUGGUGCUUCAACUAGAUAUUACAUUUUGAGAGAGCGACCACAAAAUGCCCCCAGACCGAUCUUGGAAGAACUAGAAGAAGAAGCCAAAAGUGUUCACCAGGAUGGAGGGAAACUUGGGCUUCCAGAAUCAGAAAUGGAGUUGGAUAAUCUGACUGAAUUCAACACAGCUCAUAAUCGACGGAUCUCAAUGUUGGGUAUUGCCGACGAUGACGCAGGCAGCAGAAUUGCCGCAGGCAAGAGAAAGAAGAGGUCGAUCACUUUCAAUGACGAAGAAGAAGUUAUCAAUCCGGAAGAUAUUGAUCCGAAUGUGGGAAGAUUCCGCAAUCUUGUUCACACUUCCCUCGUUAUUCCUACUAAACGGAUUAAAAGCGAAACUUUAGCCAGUGGAACGAUGUCAAGAGAGAACCAGUUCCACCGUUCUUUGUCAGCCUCGUCUGGAGGAGAAGGGCUGUACGGAGGCCUACCCCCUGAGAUGGGUGAAUCAUCCCAGUCUCAUUUAACAUCUCAAUCCGCGUCUUCUGGGCUCUUCUCUUCGACUUUAGCUUCAAAGUUGGGGCUUCCAUUGAUGCCUAACCCUGCCCCUGAUGUCGAUUUGUCCGCCCCAAUGGAGCCAGCUGCCGCACCGGUCACUUCCCGGCUCAAUGUCGAGUUUACACAACCUCCUGCGGUAGAGUCUGAUCCUUCCUCCAACGGGCCCAAGAGAAAGAAAUACGCCAAAGAAGCUUGGCCGGGUAAAAAGCCAGCACCCUCACUUCUUAUGUAACGACA